AUGGAACCAAAGCUCCCCCAAGGUCUUGUGGCCAUGUCAAGAGUGUCCCCUAGUGGGAUCUUGAAGCAGGAGAAAUUAAGUAAUAGUGCUUACAAGAGCCUUUGGCAAGCCUAUUCGACCUCGCACCUGGCCAGCAAAGAUGAGACCGAACGUCGCCUAGAACAUCUCUUCUGGAGGAUAUGGGGUGCUAAACGACUCUCAAGUCGUAUAAAUCUCCAUACCCUAGAUCGUCUUAUCCUACGAAUCAAGGCACCGGCAGUAUUACCUGUCCGACAAAGCCUCACCGUCUCACCGUUGCCUGGGAAUGGCGACAAAGAAGAAAAGGUAAACAAAAUCCUGUUCCACACCGCACUACAUCAACCCCAUAGUGACGAUUCAUGUAAGCCAAUCAAUAAGAAUCAACCAGGCUGCGCAGCCGGAGCCUGUUCUCCUCACUCAAUAUUGAAGAAGCCCCAGCAUUCGGAGAUUGAAACGCAUACAACAACCCGCUUGCUUCUUGACACUCCCCUCGGCACAAAAAUAACACUCCAACCCUCUAACUCUCCCACCGCAAACAUGGCUGAUGAGCCCACCCCCACCCCCAAUAUGGGUAACAUGGGCCAUCAGCGUCGCAAGAAGGCCUCGAUGGAUUCUGAUUCUACUCUCCUGCCAGAAAAGGUUGGCAACCAUGGUUCCAAGAAAACAUCUAUUGUUGAUGAGCCUACCAUCAUUCCGGACAAUGUUGGCCAGCAAGGUCCCAAGAAGACCUACCUUACCGCGACACGCAACGGACGAGGCCCACGCCGCCGGCCUGUCUUCAACCGCCGCAAGUCCUCGCAGACAUCUAUCCCGAAAACCCCGCCUCCCACGCGCCGGCGCUCCGAGCCAUCCACCAAGGCCGAUGGCGCCGACACUCUCUACGAAGACAGCUAUGUAGAGUUGGGCCUACUGCAGCACCUCAGCUUCCGCGACGAGGAAGACCAGAUCGCGCGUGAUCUAGGACGUGAGAUUGCGCCUGAGCCGAAGCCCGCUAAGCCAUCUGUUCCGCUAUUCGACGACGAAUUUCUCGAUGAACCUUCUGCCAUGGAGGCCGUGAAAGCAGCUCAAAAGACGGAUCCUGUUCCCUUUCCCCGUGCUUCUUCCCUCCGACACCCGAUGUUGAGCCCCGAGGACUUCUGCAAGAUCACCCCGUCGUUCGGUGUUAUGGAGAGCCACCUCGAUAUGCCUGGUGGACCGGAACUUGUUGCUCCCGAUGAUGUUGAAGGGGACUGGACCGAUAUCGAUGCUAUUGAUUCGACACUUCCUGUCUUGCAGCCUUUCAAGAACUUGGUCUCGCACCAUGAGAAUGUUGAUCAAGACCUCCCAGCUGUGCAGCCCAUUGCCCCCGUUGUUAAGAAGGCCUCGUUGCUGUCAUCUGCCAUGAAGAGUGUGAAGUUGUGA